AUGCUGCCCGACUCCGCGCUCGCGGCUGGGGCCGUGUUUGUGUCAGCGAACACGGGGGCCGUCUGGAGAAUGACGCUGGUCAACGUCGCCGCGUCCCUGUCGGCGUUCCCGACAGCGGUCUUCGACGUGCCCGUGCUGGGGAGGCUGGUGCUACGGGUGCCGACGCUGUUCCGCGGCCUGGUGCGGCUGUGCUGCGCCCGGGGGGUUGCUGCGGGUUGCCGUGCGCGGCAGCCAUGGCGGCGGCAACCGGCAGGAAUGGUGAACUCGGCCAUAUCUUGA